AUGGCGGGGGAUUCAAAGGGUCCAACAGUGAUCGCGAUUGCGGUCACUUUUGCAGUCUGGACCUUCGUCAUCAUGUGUCUUCGGCUCUUCUCUCGCGUUUUUGUUCUACACAAGAUGGGGUUCGACGACUAUCUGAUUGUCUGUGCUUGUCUGACUUCAUGGGCCUUUUCUGCUGUAACCGUUGUGUCGGUGAAGUAUGGGCUGGGUUCACAUAUCGCAGACGUCGAUCCGAAGAAAAUGGAGACUUACGCCAUGGUGGUUUGGAUCAGCUCGAUGUGUUACUUGGCCACACUGGGCUUUGUCAAGUCGUCCGUUUGUCUGUUCUAUACUCGUCUCGGCGAUCGGCUUCUGACGCGGCUGUCGAUGUUGAUGUUAGGCGUGAUCAUCGCACAGGCGUCAUCGUUUGUGUUUGUGGCAGCAUUUCAGUGCCGACCUAUUGAGAAGGCGUGGAAAAGCACGCUCCCGGGGACGUGCGUGAACAUCAACGUGUUCUACCUUGCCAACGCGGCCCUGAAUAUCUUGACCGACGUCAUGACAUAUACGCUGCCCCUCCGAGUGAUAUUCAAGCUCCAGGUGCCGGUCAAGCAGAAGGUUGCAUUGGGAUUUAUCCUCUGCAUUGGAUUGUUUGCCUGUGUCUCGUCCAUCAUCCGCAUUACCUAUAUUCCUGCCAUGCUGUCUGAUCCAGAUGCCACAUGGGUGAUUGCCGAGGCAAUGUAUUGGUCCGUGAUCGAGAUCAAUGUCGGGAUCUUUGCCUCCUCCAUCCCCUCGUUCAAGGCGAUUGCCUCCCGCUUCAUUCCGAGACUUAUCGGAGAGUAUUCUCGCGACAAAGGGUACAGUGGUUGGUCCAGCAGCAACGAUGUGAAGAAGUUCUCCGGCUUUUCCAAAGUCCCAGAGCAGAACAUCGGCCUGGACUCCCUGGAUCCUCGACACCCGGACGGGGAUAACACGAUUGGCACGCAGAUCGGGUACGGAGGGACGCAGAGUCAGGAGCGAAUCAUCCCUCACGGCAAGAUCUAUGCACAUACAGAGAUUGAGACCAAUGUGGAGGUCAGUCGAGACAUGUCCUGUCGUACGCUCUCCCAUUCCCCUUGA